AUGUGCCAGUACUACGCCCACGCCUUCACCUGCAAGCACCUCUCCUUCACCUUUGCCCGCUUCUGCCAGCCCGCCAGCCUCAUCCAGAAGCCGUGCGCCAAGCGGCAGGUCUGGCAGACCAUCAGCCUCGACGACGCCUGCGAGGACUGCUUGAUGUGGUUUCCGGACAGGAUGUUACGGCAUACGGAGGACACCUUCUCGACCUGGGCACCCGCUACAGAGGUCUUCGAAGCUGACGGUCGGUCUAUUUUCGUAGCUGUUAUCUCCAGCCGCAAUGGCACCGUCUUAUGCGCCAAGGAGGCCGGCAGCGUGGAGAGCCGAUAUGGACGGCGGGCAGCCGAGUGGUCCAACUCUCUCUAUGAACAAGUUAGGGAACAGCAGGAGCCCAGCCAGCUGCAGACCAGGAGCACCGGCAACUAUCAGGCUUCUAGAGAGUACGGAUACCUCAUCGACACCGAGUUAAGUAGAUCCGUCUUCGAGGUCGGAGUACCAACUCCCUAG